AUUUUUAUUUUUCCAUUGGCAUUACCGACCUCACAACAACACCUUCAAAUCCCCCUCUCCUCUCUCUCAACGCUCUUGGCCCUCUCUCGCGAAACGCACCAACCAAACACCGUUUUCUCUUAUUCUCUCCCAAACAGCCCCUUACCGUUCCUCCCUUCCCAUGGCUCACAAAACCGAGAAAGAAGAAACCGACUUCAAGGUCCCCGAAACCAUCACGCUCUGCGUUAACAACUGCGGCGUAACGGGAAACCCAGCCACCAACAACAUGUGCCAGAACUGCUUCGCCGCCUUCACAGCCUCCACCUCCGCCACCUCCGCCACCUCCGCCGCCGCCGGAGCCAGAUCCGGGGCGUCCGCGCGCCCGCAGAAGAGAUCCUUCCCAGACGAGGCCGCGACGGCCGCGGAUCCGCCGUGCUCCGAGCAAACGACGCCGUCCGAGGCGAAGCGCGUGGUCAACCGCUGCUCCGGCUGCCGGAGGAAGGUCGGACUCACCGGAUUCCGGUGCCGGUGCGGCGAGCUUUUCUGCGCCGAGCAUCGGUACUCCGACCGCCACGACUGCAGCUACGACUACAAAGCCGCCGGAAGAGAAGCCAUCGCCAGGGAGAAUCCGGUGAUCAGAGCCGCGAAGAUCGUCAAAGUCUGAAACAGCAAAAAAAGAAAAAGAAAAAAAGAAAAAAGAAAAAAGAAAAAAGGAAAAAGGAAAAAUCUCGCAGCAGCGCAACGACGUCGUUUACUCGGUUUCUGUCGAAACACGGGUUUUCGCUUUUUUUUUUUAAUAUAAAUAUAGAGAAAGAAGAAGAAGAAGAAAAAGAAAAAAAAAAUGGUAGCAGAUGACAGGUUUAA